GCUUGUAGAAAUCCAUUUUUGGUCAAAGUGGAGACAGGUGAAUACUAGAAGCUUACACACUUGCAAAUUCUGUUGGAAUUUAUUAAUUUAACUUGAAAAAGAACUUGCUACCUUCUAAGAAACGUUUUCGUUUGUCAUACUCACCAGACCAAUUCUAUUAACAAAAUAAAAUACGGUAUUACUAAAAAGCAGCCUCACUGGUGCGGUAUUUAUCGACCGUCUGUUUCUGAAAGACAAAACGACGUCAUUCGCUUGCAGUGAAAAUGAAGACUUCCCUUCUCCAUCUUGGAUAGCUCGUACACACAGAAAAAAUCGUCCAAAGACUAAAAAGACAGACCUUAAGACACUGUAAUCAGUAAGUACUUUUUUUUGUGAAGCUCUUUAUUCUCUUCAUUAUGGGUACGGUACUUAGCGUUUCGCCCAGAGAGCGUAGAACUGUAUCUGGAGAUUACAGAGUAAAUAAUCUAAACCAAGAGCAGUUAAACAAUGUACGGAAUAAGGAAAGGAAUUUACAGAAAGUUCUAAAUACCAAUAUCAACAACAACAACAGUAACAAUAUGAAUCAGAAUAAAAAACAUGCGAUGCUUAUUAAUGCUUUGAAUUGGAAGAACUUUAGUGUAUCUGGAAAGAAAAAGGCAGAAAAAAAUAAAAACAUAAAUUCUCGCCCGCACCUCGACGGCGUCGAAUCACUCGUGGACAAUAACAAGAACAUCGAGAAGUCUUUGACUUGUUACAGCCUCAAAACUAACGCAGUGAGUCCUGUAGAUCUCUUAGUGAGGAAGAAUAUUCAACCAGAUAUCAAACGAAUUUCAAGGAACGAUCCCCCUCCCCUUCCACCCAGGCCUACCACUGUGUUGACCACCCACAAUUUGAUCCGACCCAUGUACAAUAGUCGCAAGCAGGGGUACAUGCAUGUGACACCACCACGACCAGCGGUUGGCCUUGGAGCCCAAAGAAGAACCAUCAUCCAAGCUUCUACCUCAGAGCUGCUUCGAUGUUUCGGCGAGUUUCUAUAUCGUCGCUGUCGGAAAAUAAGAGAUUUUCAAGGUGGGGACGCUGUUCUGUGGCUUCGAACCGUCGACCGUUCUCUGCUACUAAAAGGAUGGCAAGACAUUGCUUUCAUUAACCCAGCAAAUAUUGUGUUUUUGUACAUGCUGACAAGGGAAAUGGUAACAGAAGACAUUGAAAGUCAGCGUGAACUGCAGGCCGUCGUCCUAACUUGUUUGUAUCUUUCCUACUCCUACAUGGGAAACGAGAUUUCCUACCCCUUAAAACCAUUUCUUGCCGAAGGAAACAGAAAUAAAUUUUGGGAGAGAUCAAUAUUAAUAAUUAAUCUGCUCAGUGAAAAAAUGUUGCGCCUUAACAGCGAGCCCGCUUUUUUUACCGAAGUUUUUUCCGAGCUCAAGGCUUACUGUCCCGUAUCUGGUUAACAGUAUUCCAGAUAUAGCUAGAACUAAAAAUAUAUUUUACAUCUGGCCUUUUUUUUCCAUGAUGAACACUUUGUAACCGACAGAUUUUUUCGACGUUUUUUCUUGUGAAGUUCGAAGAUGUUCUAAACAAAUACAUAAUAAUCGUGGUUUUCUGAUGCUACCGUGAUAUGGUGAAAAGAAAAGAAAUGUAACAUGUUUGGAUGGAUCUCGUAAGUUGAAAAACUUUAGAACGUGUGUGUUUUUGACGUACUACAGCUAACAGGAGUUGGACGUUUGUAAGUCUAAUGAGCAACGUCUACUCGACUUCAACUAUUUGGCAAUUCUGCGACCAAUUGUACUUAACAAUGAAUCACUGCAUUCAAUUGAAAAAACAAAUGUAAUGAUAUUAUCGUGAUAUUAUUUCACAGUAGCAUUCCAAUUUUUGUAGUAGAAUUAUCUCAGAGUGUAACCUGAUCAGGUUUAUGUACCAAAUGUUUGCACUUAUAUAUUUUGAAUCACAACAGAUCUAUAGCAUGAUAAAAAUGUUCUAUGAAUACUUAUUGUUUUCUAAAAAACGUUCAUUGUUACUUUUUUUCUCUUCUGUAGAUUACAAAGUUGUUUCUCCAUUUAUGCGGAAGAAAUGGAAUAGGUCUAAGCUAAAAUAAAUGAUGGCAAAAUUUUAAAUCGAAAAAAAAAUAAUAAUAAUACACCUAACUUGAUACUUUCAGUUUAAAAUUUAGGUACAAAACAACCCCCGAAUAUUUAAGUGAUAAAUAUCGUAGAAUUUGUUAUCAUUUGAUUUACCUCGAAAAUAUAUAUUUAAUCUCAAAAUUAUUAUUUUUUUCUCUCAAUGUUAUAUAGGCACACUGAAUAUUUUAUUUGACGUCAACCUUUUAUAUUCUCUUCUAAAUCCUUCCAGGAUUUCUUAAUCAACAGGGAGAUAUUUCAAUUUUAUGUACGUCUUUACAAUGUUAUGUUAUUUAGCAAAAUAUUUCUCAACUAUAAACAUUACUGAUAUGUGGAUAAUAAUAUUAUAGCCCCCAGUGGCACAGCGGUAUGUCUGCGGACUUACAAUGCUAGACACUGGGUUUCGAUACCCGUGGUGGGCAGAACACAGAUAGCCCAUUGUGCUUAACUUCAAACAAACAAACAAUGAUUUCUGAGAGAGCUUUAUAAUCUUUAGGGGUUCAUCAUUUUGUAUUUUAAGCUAAGAAAUAAACAUCUCUAAGAAUCUUUAGUAUGAAUUAUCGUGAAUAAAUAAGAGAAACAAAAUGUUUCUGUAAAAAAAAAAAAGUUGUCAGAUUGAAUUCAGAAUACGAGUGUAAUAAUGAUAUUAUGAAUAACGAAGUUUCCAUUUCAGUUAAUAUGAAAAUAACACAAAUGUAUUUGUCACUUUAGUGGGUGUGGUUGAAUAAAUAGGAAAGUUGAUGUUUAUUCCUUAUAUUUAGAUAAUAAAGUAACACAAAAAGUUAGAAAUAUUUGACUUAAGCCAUGAAAAAUUUCAAGUUAACGUUUACUAUUUCGAGGUUUAUAUUAAGAAUUUUUGUGUCAUCAGUCUUGUAAGUUUAAGAUGUUAGGUUUUUCAGUGUGUUCUUACAAAGUAUCAUUUCGAACAUUAAAACCAUAUUAAAUUCCAGUAGAUUAUACAUCUGGUUUGAAUUUACAAUUUUUAACAUUUCACUACUGAUUCUAGGCUUAGAAGGUUUGAUGUCAUAUAAUCAACAGAAGCUUUUAGUCACAAACUUUAAACUUCCCUCACUCCAGACAAGGUAAUAUUUAUGACGCGAACUUUAUUUAUUAGGAUAAAUGUGGCUACACAGCAUUGUUUGUUUUUUCAAAGAACAAAUUGCCCUUAAAAAAGGUGCCUCAGAGUUGUCUAUUGUUUAAAAUUUCUAUCAAAUAUCUGUUGGGGGUUGUCACCUAGUGUCUAAUUAUAAGAAUUCCCGAAUGGAAAUUUAAAGAAAAAAAAAGAGUGCAUGAUAAUAUAUCAAUCACAUUAUCUCUGCUAAAUCCAGUGCUGACGAGACCUUUUGCCCAAAUCUAGGGCUCUUCAGGCCUACUGGGAUACAAUAAACAUGGUAAUGAUUUAGGCACUGUUUAUAUUAACAAAUUUUUCGAACAAGUGUUUCAGAGUGAAGUGAAUUACGUUUAAGAAGUGUAAUUCUUAUUAAUUUUAUUUAUGUUACUAAAUCCCUGAAUUAUUGUAAGGUUAGUGGUAAAACAUUUGGGAACCCCUGAUUUAAAACAUCAUGAACAUUGGGAUUUCGUUGUUUAAUUUAAAACAGUUUCUUAUUAAUUUUAUUUAUGUUACUAAAUCCCUGAAUUAUUGUAAGGUUAGUGCUAAAAAAUUUGGAAACACCCUGAUUUAAAACAUCAUGAACAUUGGGAUUUCGUUGUUUAAUUUAAAACAGUUUCUUUAUAGAUUACAACAUUUUAUGAGCUUGUGACAAAGUUUGGGUUAAUUUUCGUAUUUCAGCAUGGUUAACUGUUCGUGACAAAACACGUAUCAAUAUGGUUACACGCUAUUUUCAGUGUUAGAUAACACCAACACUUUCACAAUUUGCCAUUUCGUUUUUCUUACGUUUUUAGGCCUUAUCCUCGGUCAUUUUCUAAUACUUUGUUAAUGUAUGUUGUUUAAUAAAUAUUCAAUGAUUUCAUAUCAUAUUUGGUAAAACAAAAAGUACAAAAACUGUAUGAAUUGCAAUAGAUUAAAAACAGCCGCAACUUGCUCACUCGAACAAAGCAUUCGUUCAUUUUUUCAAUAAAUACGGACAAGACUAUGAUUUCAGCCGUACUGUUAAGCACGCCCUUACAGAAAAUCAUUUGAAUUUUUGAAGAUAUUGUUAUUUUGCCAGUGAAAUGCAUCCUGUUAAUUACAUAAACCCUGUAUUGAGAAUGAGAUAUUUUAUGGGUUUAAGUCAAAUAACGUUUUGUAAGUUUAGACUCGGUGAUAAUCUGAUUUGUUUUAUUUACUAUGGUAUUUAACAUUGUUGGUAGUUUGUUCAGUAAGACGGACAUAUCCCACCUUAGUUAAUUAGAGUGUUUACUUGAAAAAUGUUGUUCUGAAAGUUUAUCAAAAUGGAUGUUUAGAUUAAAGGUUCAUCUUCUGUACCUAUGUUGUAUGCUCUUUGUAAAUAAAAUUUAGUAUCUAUCCA